UAAAAAGCAAUUGCUAUGGAGACUGCACUGCCGCUGAGCAUUUCCCUGAGUUCUUUUCUCGGGGUACUUCAGCAUCCACCUGGUGUCCUCGGCAGGCAUGCUGCUCUGGGGUGGGGGCCUGGGCGCAGCAGUGUUGGGGGAAAGCCUGUUUGGAACCCGAACCUUAGCCCAGGACUGAAAGUUGGAGACUGCGGCCCAAGGAAGGGCACUGCUGUGCUGGACUUCAGCGAUCCCUUCAGCACUGAGGUGAAGCCGAGAAUCCUGCUCAUGGGCCUGAGGAGAAGUGGCAAGUCGUCUAUUCAGAAAGUUGUCUUUCACAAAAUGUCACCCAACGAAACGCUGUUCCUGGAGAGUACUAACAAGAUAUGCCGGGAAGAUGUUUCCAACAGUUCCUUUGUCAAUUUUCAGAUUUGGGACUUCCCAGGACAGAUUGACUUUUUUGACCCCACCUUUGACUAUGAGAUGAUCUUCAGAGGAACGGGAGCACUGAUAUUUGUCAUCGACUCUCAGGAUGACUACAUGGAAGCCCUGGCCAGGCUCCACCUCACGGUGACCAGGGCCUACAAGGUGAACACCGACAUCAACUUCGAGGUGUUUAUUCAUAAAGUGGAUGGUCUGUCAGAUGACCACAAAAUUGAAACUCAAAGAGAUAUUCACCAGAGGGCAAACGAUGACCUUGCAGAUGCUGGAUUAGAAAAAAUCCACCUCAGCUUUUAUCUGACCAGCAUAUAUGAUCAUUCAAUAUUUGAAGCUUUUAGCAAAGUGGUUCAGAAAUUGAUUCCACAACUCCCAACUCUGGAGAAUUUGCUAAACAUCUUUAUCUCAAAUUCUGGAAUUGAAAAGGCAUUUCUAUUUGAUGUGGUCAGUAAAAUUUACAUUGCAACUGAUAGUACUCCAGUGGAUAUGCAAACCUAUGAGCUCUGCUGUGAUAUGAUAGAUGUGGUUAUUGACAUCUCUUGUAUUUAUGGUCUCAAAGAAGAUGGAGCAGGAACCCCCUAUGACAAGGAAUCAACAGCCAUUAUAAAGCUGAAUAAUACAACUGUUCUUUAUUUAAAAGAGGUGACAAAGUUCCUGGCUCUCGUUUGCUUUGUCAGAGAGGAAAGCUUUGAAAGAAAAGGGCUUAUUGACUAUAAUUUUCAUUGCUUCCGGAAAGCCAUACAUGAAGUUUUUGAGGUGAGAAUGAAAGUAGUAAAAUCUCGAAAGGUUCAAAAUCGACUUCAGAAGAAAAAAGGAGCCACCCCUAAUGGGACCCCUAGAGUGCUGCUGUAGGUGAGGUUUCAGGAACAUCUUUUGAAACCAGACCUUUUUGAUGAGGCUGCUGCACCAUGUUGUACUAAAGAAAGAGGAAGAAGAUUGGUACACAUGACAUGGAUUCAUUGUAAAAAAAAAAAAAAAAGUUCCUGCAACCCUCUUGAUUUUCUCUUUUUUAAAAAUAAAGUAAGCACUUUGAAGCAAAAACUUGUAUAUUAACCAUGAAGUGAAAUCCCCUGUACUUUCAUUACACAAAUGUAAACUUUUAUGGUCGAUAGUCAGAAAAAUCCCAUGUGAGAAAUGCCAGGAACUGUACAUAUGUUGCACUUUUUCACUUUUUUUUUUCCUUAUUGAACCGAACUUUGACUUUUCUAAGAUCUUUUCUGUACAUGGUAUCAAGAACAUGCCUACUGAAGUCCAUAUCCAUAUAGCAGAAAUUAAUCCAAAAUGUUAGCUUGGUAAUGACUUUUUGUAAUAUUUGGGGUCUUUACUACUAAUUAUUGAGGGAAGUAAUUUUUUAAUGGAGCUGGAAUAGAUUGGGGCUGUAAGUUCCAGGAGCAAUAAGAACUAUUCCCUAAUACAGAUAUAAGCAAGAUUUUUGUAGAAUAAUAUUAUUAUCAAACUUAUAUAAAAAUUUAUAUCACCACGGCUGGGCUUCCCUACCCAACAGUUUUUGUUGUUGUUGCUUUUGUACCCAGGGACACUCAACCACUGAGCCACAUCCCCAGCCCUUUGAUUUAGAGACAGGGUCUCACUGAGUUGCUAAGGACCUCACUAAGUUGCUGAGGCUGGUUUUGAACACACGAUCCUCCUGCCUCAGCCUCACGUGCUGCUGGGAUUACAAGCAUGCAUCACUGCACCCAGCUCCCAACAGCUCUUUACCUCAGCAUACACCUCUGUAGUCACUUUACACAGGUAGGUUUUUUCUUUUUUGCUGCAUUACUGUUUUAGAACUUUGGGGACCAGAUUUCCAAAAUGGUGAAGAACAUGGAGAAAAAUAACAAUCACUAAGGCAGGUUUCUGGAGGCUCUUCUGUCCUUGUCAAGUGGGGUUAACAUAACAUCAGGGGCCAAAAAGUUUCCCAAAAUGUAGGCAAUCGAGAGCUGAAGACUAAAAAAAUACAUAUACGAUUUAUGUUUAGUUUCUGUUCAAUGGCCUAUUGUGCUACACUUAAAAUCUUUAUUUGGAAUUAGUUUUUUAUUGCUCCAUGACCACAGUGAAUGGAACAUAUCUCCCAUCUCCACCAUAGAGCUUAACCCUGUUGGUUCCAUUUGUCAACUUGAGUCACCUUUUUGUCUGUAUAAUGUGCCUGAUGUCCUCUGCCUGUUCCCACCUUGUGACUAAGGUCAAAUAAUAACCAGUAUGUUCUGCAAAGUUGAAGAGCCAUCUUGAAACUCCCAGACAAUCAGUUGGAAAAGGAUGGCCAGAAGAAGAUAAAGUCUGCUGUGCAAUUUUUUUCUAUGAAGUUCAUUCACUUGUGUUUAACUUAGAUUAGUAGGAAAUUAAGAAUCUUGAAUCUUUUUUGGAAAUGGAUACUGGGAAUUGAAACCUAGGGACAUUUUACUCCUGAGCCCUGUGCCAAACCAUUCCAUGAUAAUUCCUUCUUUCUUUUUUUUUGUACUGGGGAUUGAACCCAGGGGACCCUAGCCCUUUAUUUUGUAUUUUGAGGCAGGAUCUCACUAAGUUUUUUAGGGCCUCGCUAAGUUGCUUGGCUUUGAACUCAUGAUCCUCCUGCCUCUGCCUCCCAAAUCACUAGGAUUACAGGUGUGCACCACUGCAUCCAGCUCCCAAAUAAAUAAUUCUUUCUAUACAAAGGUUAGCACUGUAUAGCAUUCUUGUGGGGCAUUAAAAACAAAUAAUUUGUUUAAAACAGCCUCCUAGUGUUAUCAAAGCUGGUCCUAGCAAAAUAUAUAAAGUCCCUAAAGCACCUUGUCCUUGAACUCUCCCACUUCUCUCAGUGGCUUCUUUCCAUCUUCUCUUUCCUCUCCCUAAGUCCUAUUCCUUCAAAGAUGGUAGCUGGAAUUAAAGUUGGUAGCAGAUUGGGCUUUAAGGUUUGAGCCUCCCAAGAGUCUAAAAAUCACUAAGGCACCCAACUCCCUUUCCUCAUGACUUCUGCUCACAAACCUGGCUGAGCAGGAGUCAGGGUUCCAGGGAAGUUUUCCUGAUUUCUGGAGCUAUCCCCUGUUGGACUUUUGCCAACGGGUCUGAAACAUGUGGGUUAUUCUUACAAAUCUAAUUCUCUAGGAUUUUUUACAGGAUGUUUCUCUUUGAAUAAGCAAAUAAAGAGUCAAGUUUCUAACAUUACUUUAUUGUCAAGAUAGAGACACUUGUCUAUAUGGUAAUUCACAUGUUAAAUAUAUCAAUGUAUAUAUAUUUAAGAACCAGGUGGAACUUUCAUUUUUAAGCUAGGUAUAUGAUGGGUUUUAUUAAAAUGUGCCUUAAAAAGCCUAUUACUUCAAGAGCAAAUGAUUCUUUGGGGGAAAGGCAAAAAUAAUCUGUGACACAGGACCCACAUUCAUGGUAGUAAGUGCACUCUUUGGUUAAUCACAUGCUAAUAUAGAUGGCAUGUUAAUAUAGAUGACUGCCUCAAACCGUGUGUGACAAUGAUCUCUUAAUUAAAAAAAGAUGUAGGAAUUA